AUGAGUUAUCCCGAUCCAUACCGCGACGACCGAAUCGACAUCGAGCUGCGCGCACCCCCUCGUUUCCAGGCACCUGAAGGACAAUCAUGGGUCUUUGGCGCAGCGCUAGGUGCCGGCGGCUUUGGAAGGGCAUAUCUCUGGAACCUUGUCAACAACGCAGACCAGAAGGUAGUCGAUCGCGUCGUGAUUAAGUACACCGAAAUCCGAUCGGAACAGGUCUUACAUCAUGGAGGUCCAGGACAUGGAGAGAUCCGGGAAGUCUUUAUGCAACGACAUCUACAUUGCUCCUGGUCGCUCGACUCCUGGAGAUUCUACUCACCAUACUAUGCUUUUGGCGAUCUUAGCGAUCUGAUUCGCGCGCAAGAUACGAUGGGAGACCACCGACAGAUUCCGGAACCAUUCGCCUGGUAUCUGCUCUACCGACUUGCGUCUGCUGCUGUGGUUAUGGAUGAGGCGUUCAACACCGAUGACACUAAGUACGAAGUCGUCCAUUGUGACUUCAAGCCCGACAAUAUAUUCAUGGGCGCUCCUGGCACCUUGGGGAAGAAGAACAGUUUCCCUGCAUAUCCACCUGCGUAUCUGGGAGAUUUUGGAAAUGCGCACAUCACAUAUCCAAGAGAUCCUCGUACCGAUCUGAUGUAUGGAAUGUGUACGCCAGGCUGGUCCGCUCCCGAGAUCACAAAUGUUGGUUAUAGAAGAGCUCCUUGGCAAGCGCCAGGCGGUUCUCACACGAACAUCUGGCAGAUUGGGUUCAUCGUGCAGUCUAUACUC